UCAAGGGGUACCGCUAGUAGUAGGUCGCCAUCGACACGAACGGCUGAAGGACGUCAAGGAUCUGAGAACUGUCAACUCUUUCUUCAUAAAAAGAAGAAAGAAGAAAAAAAACGCUGGUUCGCACUUUUGGAUGCACUCUAAGCCUACUGGUCUGGAUUUAUUUUUCACUCACUUGAUUUAUUUUAACUAACUUUAAAACCCAAGUCAACACAAUGGGAUCCCAGGCAUCAAAGGGAGGAGUGGCUGUGGACGGGAAAGCUGCGGCUGGCGACCAGGCUGCCGUGAAAACUAACGGACAGGAGAACGGUCAUGUUAAAACCAACGGUGACGUCUCUGCAAAAGCAGAGGCAGAUUCUGCCGCCACCACCAACGGCUCGGCCGAGGCAGCCAAGGAUUCCGGGGUUGGAGCAGGUGAUGCCAUCGAGCCUGCACCUGCUGCCGAGGGCGAUGCGGCCAAACCAGAAGGCGAGGCGACUAAAGAGACACCUAAGAAGAAAAAGAAGAAGUUUUCCCUGAAGAAUUCGUUCAAGUUCAAGGGCAUAUCACUGAAGAAGAGCAAAAAGAGCACUGAGGUGAAGGAGGAGACCGUGACGGCCGCUGCUACUGCUGAGGAAAAGCCCGAGGAGAACGGAGAAGGUGCUGCAGUCGAGGAGAAGGAGGAGGAGGCAAAGGAAGAGGAGACCCCCGCCCCUUCCGAGAUCCCCAAGGCAGAGGAAGCCCCGGCCGAGGCUGAGGAGGCUGCAGCCCCCAAAGGAGAUGCUGCCGGCGCAGCCGCUGUGGAGCCCACAAAACCGACAGAGGAGACCAACUCGACACCCGCGCCAUCUGAACAGAAAGAGUGAUUGUACUUCACAAGGACUUUGUGAACUGUUUUUCAAGAAAAGUAAAUAUAUAUAUAAAUAUCUAUAUUUAUAUAUAUAUAUAUAUAUACGUGUAUAUCUAUACAUAUGUAUAUAUACAUGGGUAUAUGUAUAUGUAUAUAUACACAUGUAUGUGGGGGGGGACUCCUUGUGCCACUAUCUUCAAGAUUAAUAAGACAUGACUAGAUUCACUAGUUCACUUCCCUGUAAAUGGCUCAAAGAUCCUGGGAUUCUGAAUUUAGACUGAUACCACCUGGAAUCAGGAUAUCAACACAGGAGUGAGAGUUGAGUUUGAGAAGGGGAUGAAGAUGAGGCAUCUUUCAAACUCACCACCACAGAGAUGCUGUUAUAUAAGAGGAACAUCACCACAUAAUGACUGUUAAAAAUGGAAAAGAAAAAAGACUCACCUACUUUCUACAUUCCUAUAUUUUAACCCAAAUUUAAGUAUUUUGUGGUGUAUAGAGAACCAUUUUAAAUAUCCAGAAGGCUUCAUCUUGUUUGUUUGAAAUCGCAUUUUAAUUUUCAUCUUGAUGAAAAUGAAAAAAAAAACAAAAACAUUUGAGCUUGCUAUGUUCACAUUUGAAGUUUUAAAAGAAGCAGAGUUGUUAUGUGUGAAAUGUGAGCCUUGAUCUGCUUUUUUGUCUAUGUAAAUAAAUUUGACCAUUUUGUUCUUUAUUUUGCUAAUGUUAAAAGAUGUUACUGGAUUUAUUGUAAAGUUGAUAAUGGUAAAUAAAUGUUGGUUACCUAAUUAA